GUUAUGUAAUUUUAAUAAAAUAAUGAUUAAUUCAACAACAAAAAAUUUAUUUUCAUUAGUUCUACUAAUCUCACAAUUUUUAUUUUCUUUUGCUUCAUUUCACAUUCCAUUUGGUGUUGAAGAGGGGGAUGAGUUAAUUCAAUUUAUCGAAAAACCAGCAAUUACAAGAAAAUUACUUCCCGGCCCUCCCUUUACAUUUUUUGAAAGAAAACAAAAUUUAAUUUUUAUUUCUGCGAAUGGAGCUGUUUCCUUUGGAGAACCUUUCGAUACAAAAUCGGAAGACUUAAGUGAACAACAUAAAGAUAUUAUUGCUGUUUUGUUUGCACCUUCAACGGGUGGAAAAGUUUUUUAUCGAACUUCGCAUAGCGAAACUUUAUUGAGUAGAGAACUUUCAGCAAAAGUUAGGCGUGCUUUUGGGGCAAACCAAUUUGAAGCUUCUGCUGUUUUGUUAAUUACUUGGAGCGAAUUAUUGAAUGAGAAAUCUGAAUCGAAUACGUUUCAGGCAAUUUAUUAUCAAUUAGCAUUAGCUACCGAUUCAAACGAGACUUAUGCCAUUUUUGUGUAUAGCACAAUUAAUUGGACAAAAUCAGGUGGAAGGGUAGUUCAGACUGGAUUUUUUUCUGUUGAUGGGAAGAAUGAUAAAGUACUUGAUCAAAGUAGUUCUUCUGUUGGGGAAGUUGCCAAAGUGACUAAUUUCAAUGAACCCGGAGUUUUUAUUUAUCGUAUUUCUGGAGUUGAACCAACAGAUCCUAGAAGACCAGAAGGCGAUGAUUAUGAAUAUCAACAAGAAACUCAGGAAUAUGAUCCGGAUGACCAAAUUGUGGAAUGUCCUCCAGACCCUUACAGAGAUAAAUGUCCACCAACUUGUAAAUUGGUGAUGGAUGACCAACACUGCAGUCUUUGUAUAUGUUCUAGCGUACUUUCUUCCUCCUCUGAAAACUUGGCUGGAUCUCCUUAUUCUACUCUUACAAAUGACUUGGGUCAAGAAUUACCUCUACAAAAUAUCCAUCAACAACCAAAGACAUCAAUUCAGCGUUCUCCUGAUUUAAGUUGUGCUCCACUAACAUCUUCUAGUCAGUGCCAUGCUCAUGCCUAUUGUUCGCAAUUUAGGAGCGGUUAUUGCUGUCAAUGCGAACAAGGAUAUAUUGGCAAUGGAGCAGAAUGUUUGCCUCAACAAGAAGCGAUACGUAUUAAUGGUGAUUUUCAGGGUGCAAUAAAUGGAAAAAAUGUACAGAAAACUGAACUUUUUUCUUAUAUUCAACCGGCUGACGGACAACAACACACUGCUUUAGCUAAAAUUAAUUCAGAAAUUGGGUGGUCUUUACUUUUGGUUGAUUCUUUAAGUACUCCUUUUGGUUGGUUAUUUGCAAAAUCUUCGGCAACUUCUCAAAGCAAAAAUGGAUUUGAAUUGACUGGGGGAAAUUUUACAAGACUUGUUAAUAUACACUUGGGUGACCGUUAUUCACUUGUUAUUCGUCAAGAAUUUACCGAUCGUCAAUUUGAUGACCAAUUUCAUGUUAAUGUUUUACUUAGUGGUACCUUACCUGAAAUAUCUGGACCAGUUCAAAUUUCAAUUCCUGAAUUUGAAGAGAAUUAUCGAGUUGAAAAACAAGGCAAUUAA